CCCUAAAGCAUACUGAUGACCAAGUCAUGUUUUGUAGUCAUUGAGUGUCUUUCACCGAGGAGCUCACCGAGAAUCUUAUUGAUUCUACGAUGCUGCUCGUUCUCAACUCUCGUGUUCAAAACAAGGUAACGGACAUACCACAUUUCCUUCUCAAGACGACACACAGAGUCUUGUAACGUGUUAAUGCUGUCGUUGGUAGCUGGUACUUCCCAUAGUAGUCCGCCAACACGAGGGUCAGGAGCUUGUGCAGGCGGUGCGGGGGAUGGGGGUUAGCAUAGCCAUUUAGAAUGCCAUUUGGGAUGUGGAAGUUGGUACUUUUAGAACUCAAGGAGUGUUUUGAAGGAGUGUUCAAAAUCUUUCUUUUAUUUUUAUUAACAAGGCUGAAAAUGAAAGGAAUUCAAUUAUAGGGAAUAAAAGCAAGUGUCUUUUCCAUUUCUCAUCAAAGCAUUUAUUGUAAAAACCCGUUUCCCUUGUUUAGUGGUUGAAAAGUUACAUUGAAAAGAGAUCAUAUAGAUGUAAUCAUGAGAUAUAUGCCAUAAAAUAUUUAGCCCAAAUCAUACGUAGCUGUAGAAGGGGACCCAAGAUUCUAUGCAGUGGACGCACUUGGAAUAAAAUGAAAGACACUUGGGUUUAUAGUCAAAUCAAGCAAUAGAGUUAUCAAUAGAGUUAUCUUGAAGAGCUAUCAACUCUUCAAGAUAAAUAGAGUUGAAGUUCACCAAAUUAAGCACCACACACCAACAAAAAAAAAAUGGCAGAAAUUAGAGACCAAAAAUUGCCUCAUGCCUUAGUAAUUCCAAACACUUUUCAAGGCCAUAUAAACCCAACAAUUCAUCUAUCUUUAAAACUUGCUUCGAAAGGUUUCAUCGUCACUUUUGUCAACACUCAAUUCAUUCACUCUCAAAUAACAAAAGCCCAAUUAACAUCAUCAGGGCCUAACAAUGAUGAUAUUUUCUCUAAAGCCCGUGAAUCUGGGCUUGACAUACGUUAUGUAACUAUUUCUGAUGGUUUUCCAUUAGAUUUUGAUCGAAGCCUAAGUUCAUUGCAAUUUUGGGAAGGUUUUGCAAAUAAUUUUUCAGGUCAUGUUGAUGAACUUGUUGGGAAAUCAGUGAAGGAUAAUCGUGUUGAUCCAAUCAAUUGUUUGGUUGCUGAUACUUUCUUUUCUUGGCCAUCAAUUAUUGCCAAGAAAUAUGAGAUUGUUCAUGUCUCUUUCUUCUCUGAACCAGCUUUGGUUUUUGCCUUGUAUUAUCACUCGGAUUUGCUUACACAAAAUGGCCAUACUCUGACGGUACAAAAUCGCAAAGACCCUGUUGAUUAUAUUCCUGGAGUUAAGUCUAUUGAAGCAAGUGACUUGCCCUUCUUGUUCCAGAAUCCAAUGGUGGACCAAAGUAUCUACAAUGCAUUUCAAGAUGUUAGGAAAACAGAUAUCAUAAUUGCUAACACAAUUGAAGAACUUGAAUUGGAAACUGUCACAACAAUUCAAGAAAAUCUCAAUUUCUACUCAAUCGGUCCAAUUGUGUCCGCGAAUUUCACUGAAUUGACUAUCCCGAGUAGCCUAUGGUCUGAGAUUGAUUGCACCCAAUGGCUCGAUACCAAGCCCCGUGUUUCGGUCUUGUACGUCUCAUUUGGGAGUAUAGCCCUUGUUAAUAAAGGAGAUAUUCUUGAACUAGCUCAUGGCCUUAUGCUUAGUGAAGUUAAUUUCAUUUGGAUACUUAAGUUAGGUCAAGAUGAAAAAAGUAUUUUGCCCCUUGAGUAUAAAGAGAAGGUGAAGGAUCGAGGAUUGAUCGUGCCAUGGUGCAAUCAAAAGAGAGUGAUUUCACAUUCAGCAAUCGGAGGUUUCUUGAGUCAUUGUGGAUGGAAUUCUGUAGUGGAAAGCAUUUGGUGCGGGGUGCCAUUAAUUUGUUAUCCUUUGGUCACCGAUCAACUUGCUAACCGAAAAUUAGUGGUUUACGAUUGGAAAGUUGGAAUCAAUCUUCGUGAUGGGGAGUUGAUCAAGAGGGAGGAAGUACAUGACAAGAUUAAAUAUUUGAUGAACAGAGAGACUUCGAGCAGUUUAAGGAAGAAUACUGCGCAAGUGAAAGAGACAUUUCAUAACGCAUUGGCCAUGAAUGGAUCAUCAAAUGUUAAUUUUAACAAGUUAGUUGAAGAACUGAAGAUGAAGACUAGUUUAGCUUGAGAGAUGUUUUUUAAAAAGAGACAUUUAAGAAAGAAAAUUUUCUUUCUUUGUUUCCUGUCUUCUUCUGUUCAAGUUAAUAAAUGUUUCUCGUGGAAAGGA